AUGUUUUAUUCAGUUUUACUCCAAAAUAUCUAUUUUUUGUGCGUUUUUUUUGAUGAAGUCUUUAAAGCCCUGUCAAAGAGAAACCAUAAUAGACGUUUGUUACAUACGUUGACAAACACUUGUGCACGUGAAAAGAGACGUCGAAAAAAAGUAGAGAGUGGUCAAGGGAAAAAAGUCAAAGUUAGAGAUGAUAUUCUUAAUUCUGACGAAAAAUAG